AUGUUACGUGAGAACCAUGUACUGCCUUUUGCUACUGUCUCUCUUUUCUUGACGUUGGGUGUGUACCUCAACGUUACAAACUCCAUCGACAAUCUGCGGUGCAAAGGUACAGAGGUUCAAGCCGAGUUAUCCUUGACGCUGAUGUCUAUGGUCGCAAGCCAAUGCUGGGGCGCGCUAAUCAUUUUUCUUGUUCGGAUCGAGGACGGUAAUAACUGUUGGCUCUUGAUGCGCGACAUCCUUGCUGUGGCCAACGUGGAUGAAAACGUCGACGAAAUCGACAGAAUUGCAGCAGAACCAACCAACAAGACAAGACAGCCCGCUGACACGCUAAAUAGAUCAGAUGCAAAGCUGGCCAGUAAUAGCGAGCCGUAUUCGUACAUUAUGUGUAGCGAAAAAGGCCACGUCACAAUGCAUCGCGCGGCUACGAAUACAACAAUCUCUUGGCCGGCGGGGCUGCGAAGCCAUAUUACCAACCACUCACAAAUUGAAGUUGACGUGCUCGUCAUUGGCGCUGGGCCAACAGGGCUGGGUGCUGCUAAGCGUCUGCAACAAUUGAAUACUGCAUCGUGGCUUAUUCUGGAUUCGAAUGAGACACCUGGUGGUCUUGCAUCCACCGACAUCACCCCCGAGGGCUUUCUGUUUGACGUUGGCGGCCACGUCAUCUUUUCCCAUUACAAGUACUUUGACGACUGUCUUGAUGAGGCGCUGCCAAAGCCUGACGACUGGUACACGCACCGGCGCGUCUCCUACUGCCGUUACAAGGGCACUUGGGUGGCCUACCCGUUCCAGAACAGCAUCGCUGCGCUGUCUCCCGAAGAGCAAGCGAAAUGUCUAGAGGGCCUGAUUGAGGCUUCGCUGCAAGCUCGCGGCCGUGAUCCCGCUGACAAGCCCAAAAACUUUGACGAGUGGAAUGUGAGGAACCUAGGUGAAUAUCUUACUGAGAUUUUCAUGCGUCCUUAUAACUUUAAGGUGUGGGCUAUCCCUACUACAAAGAUGAACGCCACUUGGCUUGGAGAACGUGUCGCCGCCCCUGACCUGAAGCUUCUCACCUCCAACGCUGUCCAGAACAAAGUGGCCGGACCGUGGGGACCAAAUGCAACCUUUCGCUUUCCGGCACGAGGUGGUACAGGUGGUAUCUGGAUUGCUGUGGCCGAUACGCUCGAGAAGAGCAGAACCAGCUUUGGCGAGCAUGCCACGGUCACAAAGGUCGACGCCGACUCUAAAAGGGUUCAUUUGAAAGAUGGAACUAUUGUCAAAUACGGCUCUUUAGUCUCCACCAUGGCUGUAGACCAUCUAGCCGAGUCCAUGAACGAUACCAAGCUCCAAGAGAUUUCCAAGUCUCUCUUUUAUUCCUCCACCAACGUCAUUGGUGUUGGCAUCCGUGGAAAACGGCCUGAGCGUAUUGGGGACAAGUGCUGGCUAUACUUUGCCGAGGAUAACUGUCCUUUUUACCGCGCUACCGUCUUUUCCAAUUACUCACCCAACAAUCAACCCCAAGAGAAUGUCAAGCUUCCCACCAAGCAGCUUGCCAACGGUCAGAAGCCAAACUCAUCAGCUGCUCAGCCUGGUCCGUACUGGUCUCUGAUGCUCGAGGUUUCCGAGUCAUCGUACAAGCCCGUUGACCAUGAGACACUCUUGGCGGACUGUAUUCAAGGCCUGAUCAAUACUGAGCUUCUGGCUCCUGACGACGAGAUUGUGAGCACUUAUAUCCGUCGCUUCGACCAUGGAUAUCCUACGCCACACUUAGACCGUAAUGAUGCGCUAGACAAGAUCUUGCCGUAUCUACAGGACAUGGACAUUUAUUCUCGUGGCCGCUUUGGUUCGUGGAAAUAUGAAGUUAGCAACCAGGACCACAGCUUCAUGCUUGGCGUCGAGGCUGUUGACCGUAUUCUCUUUGGUGGUAUUGAGCUGACACUUGGAUAUCCCGACUUUGUCAAUGGACGCAGUAAUGGGGAACGACGCCUAAACACCAUCACCGGCGUGCCAAAACGGGCAAAAGGCGAUUAA